AUGGCUUUGAAUCUACCGAAAUGGUUGAAGGACAAUUCCCACCUCCUCAAGCCUCCCAUCAACAAUUACUGCGUGUAUGCGCCCUCGGCGUCGACGGGGGGGCUCACCGUCAUGGUUGUGGGUGGACCAAAUGCCAGGACAGACUACCACAUCAACACCACGCCCGAGUUCUUCUACCAGCAUAAAGGCUCCAUGCUGCUCAAGACCAUGGACACGUCAACGACACCGCACACGCCCGUCGACGUGCCCAUUCAUGAGAACUCCAUGUUCCUGCUCCCUCCGAACACGCCGCACAACCCAGUCCGGUUUGCAGACACAGUGGGUGUCGUGCUCGAACAGCCCCGCCCAGAAGACUCGGUUGACACAUUGCGGUGGUACUGCAAGAAUUGCAAUAACAUCGUCCAUGAGGCAAGCUUCCAUUUGACAGACCUCGGGACGCAGAUCAAGGAAGGUGUGAUGGCGUUUGAGAAUAAUAUGGACGCCCGCACGUGUAAGAGUUGUGGUACGGUCGCGACUUCAAAGCCAGCUCCCGGUGAAAUUCAACAACCUCCGAGGUUCCCGGAGGAUUGA